AUGACGCCACGAGUAACCAAAACGACGAGGACGAGGUCGGGCCUGCAAUCAAUACCGUUUCGGUAUCACGUUGGAAACACUCUCUCCGAAACAGCCUACGUUUCGCUUCGGACGAGAGAACGAGAGAGGAGAGGAGAAGAUGGUAAGGCGAAGGAGGCCGAGGAGACAAGGGAGAGAAGGGCAUCGUAUCGGAUAGAAGAGAAACGCUGCCUCGGAUGGACGAAGAAAGGGACGGAGGGGAGAUGGAGACUUGGACCAGGUUUCGUGGUCCGCAUACUGAUAGGACUAGUGAGAACGAUCGUCCGCGGCGAUGUUCUACUCUCCCGAAUUCGGAGGACGAAGAGGGUUCGAGGCCCUAGCAGAAGGAAGGAACCGGUAGAACGCGGUGCCGAGGACGAGGAGAGAGGGCGUUUAUUAGCAAUUGUAAUGCAAGAUCGCGGAAUGCAUGGGAUCCCCGCGAUGCCUCGAUACAACAGUGCCGGUACGCGUGUUCCUGGUAACACGAUUCCCGAUCGCGUUCACUAUCUUCGCAAGGGCUUUGUCCCGCUCUGCUCGCCCCGUCAACUCCUAACAUCGGGCAUUCCUUCGAGCGAAGCCUGCGCGAUCUUCCAAGAUACCGAAAUACCGAGUAAAUUUCCACCGCGAUUACCUCGACAACAUCCAUUCCUAAUCGCUCGAUAAACUUCUUCCUCCGAACUGACAACUGAUCUUAUCCAGCCUUGUAAGUAUACUGGAAUUAUGAAAAUUAUUUUAUUGAAUUGAAACGAUGCUGAUGGAGAACACGUUUUACUAAAAUUUUAGAAAAUUAGAGGGUGGUAGGUAGUUUGGAAGAUGGAAGGUGUUCUGCAUCAGGUAUCGAUUUGUUUAAUGGCGGUGUUGGUCGUUUACGGUACGUGGGAACUGAUUUGCCGAAUGCAUGUGCGACACCAUGCAUGUUCCAUGAUGCUGCAUGCAACUGCAUCGCGAACAACGGUGUAGCGCGUUGUAAACCGGGAUCGAGCGCACUUAUCGCUGAAAGACGAGGCCUGGCAAUAAAGAGUGACCGUAUAAAUAUAGAACCCUUCCGUAUAGAAUCCAUUCCGAGUAAUUUAUCCUGGUAAUAAAUAUUUGAUUUUAAUUUGACAUCGAAGAAACGAGCUUCCGCGAACGUUGUUGCCUAAAAUAGUUUGGUACAUCCGGUUCCGCAGUAAAAGGGUUGACGCACCAGGACACCCCUUCGAUCGUAAAGACCACCCUCUGUCAAAAUCGCUUCUAAAUUACACGCGUUCUACUAGCGCUUGUAAGUUACGAAAGAAAGUUUCCAUCUAAGCGCAACAAAAAUUUGUCGGUACCCAAAGUAGGUGACAGGAAGUCGAGGGAAAAAGGCGGGAAAAAGUAACGGCGAGGAUAGUGGAAGGUUGUUUGAACCGUUUAUGUUAAUCAGCCGUGACGUCAUAGCGGCAAUAUCAACCCCAACUUUGUCCAGGAGUAGCCGAAACGUGCGCGCAGGGUGUAUCACGCUCCUCCCGCAACCACCCUCCCUCCCCGUGUUAACCCUAGCGCGCACCCUUUGUCGACGUUAACCCAAAGUGAAUGGACCUAUAGUGCGCGCGUUACAGGGACGGUUUUAACUUCGGGGUGACUUACCCCGAGCGUUAUCUAUUUUGACAGCGCGGUACGACCGCGGUCUGUCGGGGGUUGAUGCACGCCGGUGUGUCGGUAAUUGCGUUUUAACCGUUCCCCGUAUCGUCGCGAUAAAGGGGGGUUGAAAAAAAGAAUACUCGAAGACGCGAGUUCUUUUUUUAUCCUCUCGAGACAGGCGGAUGCGCAACAGCCACCCUUUCCCAUCGAUUUAGAAUCAUCAAUCAGGUUGUUAGUUACGCGUCUACACGGCAGUUUGUUUUAUUCCGACGGCAUACGAAA